UCUAAGUUAGUAGGAAACUCAUUGGUAAGCAAAGCAAAGUAGCAAAAUCUCAAUUAACGGUUUAGAAACGCCAGCGACGUCAACCUCGUAAUCGAAAUCGAAAUGGGCUUCGAUCUGAACAGCAUUGUGGGUCAUGUGGACGAGGAGCUGAUUUGCCCCAUCUGCACGGACGUUCUGGAGGAGCCCGUCCAGUCGUCAUGCUGUGAGCACGCCUACUGUCGCGCCUGCAUCGACAAGUGGAUGCAGCAGAAGCAGAUCUGCCCGGUGGACCGCUCUAUCCUGCAGCCGCAGCACCUGGUGCCCGUUUCCCGUCUCAUGCGCAACAUGCUCGCCCGGCUGAAGAUCAAGUGCUCCUUCUCGCCGAACGGCUGCGAACAGAUGCUGGCGCUCGAGGAUUUCCGCAGCCACGUGGUCGCCUGUGAGCACAAUCCCAAGGUGGUGGUCGAGUGCAGCAGAGGAUGCGGAAUGAAGGUGCCCAAGGACGAGAUGGCGCACCACAACUGCAUCUUCGAGCUGCGCGAGCUGGUGGAGCAGCAUGCGAAGGAGAUUGCCGAGCUGAAGGAGAAGCAGGCCAUCCAGGAGGUGCGCAACCUGAGUCAGCGCCGGGAGAUGGAGCUCUUCCAGUACUACAUUGCAGCCCUUAGAUCUACGAACCCAGUGUUGCGCAACAUUGGCGAGCAGUUGGACCGCUUCUCGCUGAUGCAGUGGGGCAAUGGUUUACCACUGGCCACCGUCCACACGUGGGGCAGUUUGAUUUCUACUCCAGACACCCCCAUGCAUCUUAUGGUACGCGAUGUUCUGCGCUCCAGCGGCUGCCCGAUGCACAUGCUCAACCUGAUGGUGGACCGCUGCCACGAGGAUCGCUGGCCCGAGGGUCUGAUGACCCUGGACGUGCGCCGCGAGAACCACCAUCGCAUGAGCCAGUUUGUGACCCGCCUGGUUCCGGCUCUGGUCACCGGGAAGCCCUGUGUGGUUGUGCUGGCCGGCGACAAUACCCACAUGCCGGAGAACCUGCGUCCCAGCCUCGGCCUGGUCAUGAUCUUCGUCGACGGCGUGGACGAGAUGCUGCAGGAACCGCUGCCCGACAUCGAGUUUGCCUAGGAUCUGGGCGGCCUUUUUAGCCGCAUCUUCUAUAUCUAAAUUCAUUUUGGCAACACGACAAACAGGAAGCCCAUCUGGCUGCCCGUUUCCCGCGUUUUUGUCUUUGGAAACGUAGCCACAUUCCAUUCAAUGUCUAAAAUUACACGAUCGACACGUGUUAAUCGUAUGUCCAACGGCAUUCAGGGAUAAUAUAAAAUACGGAGGAAAAAGAAUAAAUUAGGGGCCUCAGAAUUCUUAAA